CUCCCCACACGUGCGAAGCAGCAGCAGCGGUUGGAGUCGCGCACACUCACACGCGCGAAAAACCGUCGUUGUCUCGCUCGCUCGCUCUCCCCACGCCGCCGCGCGAUGUCCACGGCGACGGCGAGGCUCUCGUCGGGCCUCUUCGAUCGCCGCCGCUGCGUUCAUGACGGCGACGGCGACGGCGACGGCGGGACGGGGCUCCUCCAGGUCCAGGGCCUCGCCGACGACGUCCACCCCGACGUCACCGACGCACUGCUAGGGUUCGUCUACGACCCGCCCGCCGACGCCGGCCUCGACGCGUUCCUCCGCCCCCUUCCCCGCGGCGAGGUCGUCGAGGUGCAGCGUCGCUGCGGCAGCAAGAGGCCGCGCGGUUGCGUCGUCGGCGGCGACGACGCCUCGUGUGUCGAGCUCCCCGCCGCCGCCGCCGCCGCGGCUGCUCAGGCGUUGGCGCCAGUGCCGGAGUUCGAGGGCAGUUUCUUCAUCCCCCCGCCACCGCCGCCGCCGCCGCCUCCUCCACCGCCGGUGCAGCAGCAGCAUUGGCAGCUGCCGCCUGACGCGGUGUUCGUUCGGGGAUCCGGAGCGGAGCCGAAGAAGGCCGCCGAGGCGGGCUACGGGCGCCACCACCAGGCCGUGCAGAGCGCGGCGGCGAGGGAGCGGCGGAGGCGGAUCAGCGGGAAGACGGGGCAGCUGUCGCGGCUGAUCCCCGGCGCCGCCAAGCUGAACAGCACCGCCGAGAUGCUGCAGGCCGCCGCCCGCCACGUCAAGCUCCUCCAGGCCCAGGUCGGCAUGCUCGCCCUCAUGCACUCCGCCGACGAGCCAAAGGUGCCAUCCAUAGCGGAGGAGAGGAUGCGCGCGCUGCUGGCGAGCGGCGGCGCGCAGGAGCGGCUCGCCGGCGAGGGCGUGUGCCUGGUGCCGACGAAGCUGGUCCACGCCAUCGCCGACGACAAGGCGAUCCGGUCCAACCCGGCCGUGGAGCGAGACCUCAGCUUCUUCAUGGAGUCGCUGGAGCAGUAGACCGCGCGCAGUCAUGGCGAUCGAUCGAGCGAGCUCAUGCAUCCGGCCAUGGCGCGGCGCCUGCAUGCGUGCAUGGCUGCGCGUUUUUUGAGAGCACCGUGCACGCGACACUGCUGCUGCUGCUGCUGUUGUGUGUUCUACCUGACCAAAGUGACGACGCCUGUCUAUAUAUAGCAAUUAAUUAAUCUCAUCCAUAGAUUAUUAGGUGUUUAGAUCAGCAUUGAUUGAUCAGUUAACUGCAUUAGUAUAAUUUUUGGUUUUGUUUAGUUCUUUUCAUGCAUGAAAAUAUUGGCUAAUCUAGAAUUAGUUUGGUAAUUAAUUAUAUGGGCUGUGUGAUACUAGCUAGCACUGUUUGUAUCUCCACACCUGUGCAUAUUUGUAGGAUUGCAUGCAUUGUUAUCUGGUACAUUUCGUUGCUUGUAGUUGGAUUUUAUUCUCUCAAUAAAAUAAAUUUCUGUU